CUCGCUGUACGAACUCUCUCUACUGUCAGGGUCAUCUUCUUCUUUGCCGAAACCCUAGCUUUGAUCAUCUCCAUCAAAUCUCACUUUUUGAUGUAAAGAUUCUCAGGGAACUCGAUUUUACACAAGUACGUGAAGCCCCCUUCAACUCAAUGGAAGAGCCUCGUCGAAAACGCUCCAAAACCAGCAGAGGAGAAGAUGAUUACUUGCCUGGGAGUAUAAUUGAAAUCGAGCUUCAUAAUUUUAUGACGUUCAGUAGCUUAACGUGCAAACCAGCAUCGCGCUUGAAUCUUGUAGUUGGGCCAAAUGGUUCUGGUAAGAGCUCCCUUGUUUGUGCAAUUGCGUUGGGACUUGGUGGUGAACCCCAGCUACUUGGAAGGGCUUCAAGUAUUGGAGCUUUUGUCAAACGUGGAGAGGAGUCGUGCUAUGUCAAGAUUUCAUUGAAAGGAGAAAGUGAGGGGGAAAUCCUCACUAUUACUCGCAAAAUGGAUACUCGGAACAAGUCCGAAUGGCUGUUUAAUGGAAAAUUGGUCACCAAAAAAGAUGUCCUCGAAGUAAUUAAAAGAUUUAAUAUCCAAGUAAACAACUUGACCCAAUUUUUACCACAAGACAGGGUCUGCGAGUUUGCCAAAUUAACUCCAAUACAGCUUCUAGAGGAGACAGAAAAGGCUGUAGGUGAUCCCCAACUUCCAGUCCAGCAUCGCGCUCUUAUCGAUAAAAGCUCUGACCUAAAGAAGCUUGAACGAGCCAUUCAAAGAAACAAAGAAUAUUUGGAUCAGCUAAAGGCACUAAAUGCUGAGCAGGAAAGAGAUGUUAAGCGUGUUCGCCAAAGAGAAGAACUUUUGGAAAAGGUUGAGUCUAUGAAGAAAAAAUUGCCAUGGCUAGAGUACGAUAUGGAAAAGACUAAAUAUCUUGAAGCUAAAAGGGAGGAGAAUGAUGCAAAAAAGAAGUUAGAGGAAGCUGUCAAAACUUGGGAUAAACUCAAAGAACCAAUAGACAAACAAAAGAAAGAGAAAGCAACAUUGGCUGCUAAAUGCAAACAACUUGAUGGUUUGCUGGGCGAAUUUGCAAAGAAACGUACACAACUCCUGCAGAAGGAUAAUUCAUUGGGAGUGCAAGUUAGCGGCAAAUAUAAUGAAAUAGAAGAAUUGAAGAGGCAAGAAGAAUCUCGUCAAGAAAGAAUACUAAAGGCUAAAGAAGAUCUUGCAGCUGCAGAAACUGUGCUAGCUAACCUGCCUCCUUUUAAACAUCCUAAGGAGGAGCUGGCAAGACUGUCAGCUCAGAUUGUGGAGUUGGGACAGUCUACCAGGGAAAAGAGGCUGCAAAAGUCUGAGCAGGAAAGAAGUCUGAAUCAAACUAAUGGAGCCUUAAGGCAACAUAAGGACAGAUUAAGAGACAUGGAGGAUACAAACAUUAAACUUUUGCAGGCAUUACAAAAUUCUGGAGCCGAAAGGAUACGUGAAGCUUACAAUUGGGUGCAAGAACAUCGCCAGGAGUUCAAUAAGGAAGUCUUUGGCCCAGUGUUGCUUGAGGUGAAAGUCUCUAACAAGAAACAUGCUGACUACUUAGAAGGCCAUGUUCCACACUACAUCUGGAAGGCUUUCAUAACUCAAGAUUCUGGUGAUCGUGAUAUCUUAUUUAGAAACAUUGGGUCAAUGGGUGUCCCAAUCAUAAAUCAUGUGGAAGAUGAAAGUAGUGAUGUUAAUCCUUAUAAUUUGACUGACAAGAUGCAUGCUCUUGGUAUACACUCAAGGCUUGACCAAGUUUUUGACGCACCACAUGCUGUGAAAGAAGUUCUAGUUGGCCAAUUUGGGCUUGACCACUCUUAUAUUGGCUCCAAGGAAGCUGAUCAGCGAGCUAAUGAGGUAAAGAACUUGGGUAUUAUGGACCUUUGGACCCCAGAAAACCACUACCGUUGGUCUAGAUCCAGAUAUGGUGGUCAUAUUUCAGCAUCUGUGGAAUCUGUGGACCGUUCUCGUCUUAUUUUGUGCCAACAGGAUACUGGGGAACUUGAGAAGCUUACUUCUAGGAUAAAAGAGUUGACUGAGUUGGUCAAAACAUUGGAUUCGAGCUUGAGAUCACUUCAAAGUGAGAUAACACUUGCUGAAGAUGAAGAGGCCAAGUUGGCGAGAAAACGAGAGGACAUUACAAGCCAUGCAAGUAUUGAGAUGAGAAAACGGAAAGAAAUUGAAAACCGCGUUAAUCAAAGAAAGAUAAACUUGAAAUCUUUGGAACGGGAGGAAGACUUGCACUCGGCAAUAGCAAAGCUGGAUGAGCUUGCUGCUUCUUUUUUAGUUGAGAGGUUAAAAUGUGUAAUUGAAAUAAAGGAUCUUCUGGUUAAAGCUGUUUCUCACAGAAGAACUUAUACUGAAAAUAACAUGGCUUCUCUCCAACUUGAGGCAAAGAUUAGAGAAAUGGAGAUCAAUGGCAGACAACAAGAGAAGUUAGCUGAGCAAGCUGCUUUACACCUUGACAAUUGUAAAAAGAAGGUGGAAGAUUGUCGAAAUCAAUUGUCAAUUGCUAAGAGGCGUGCAGAAUCUGUUGCUAUAAUUACCCCUGAACUCGAUCAAGCAUUUCGCGAGAUGCCUGGUACUAUUGAGGAGUUAGAAGCUGCAAUUCAAGAUCUUGCCUCUCAAGCCAAUUCAAUUCUUUCCCUAAACCAUAACAUUCUUCAAGAAUAUGAAAGCAGGCAGAAACAAAUACGAGAACUUUCCACUAAGCAAGAAUUGGAUGACAAAGGGCUGAAAAAAUGUUUGGAUGAAAUAAAUAGUAUAAAGGGAAAAUGGCUUCCAACUUUGAGAAAUCUUAUAUCUCAAAUAAAUGUGACAUUUGGUCGAAAUUUUCAGGAAAUGGCUAUAGCAGGCGAAGUUUCAUUAGAUGAACAUGAGGUGGACUUUGACAAGUACGGGAUACAUAUCAAAGUGAAGUUCAGGAAAACAGGACAGCUUCAGGUUCUCAGUGCUCACCAUCAAUCGGGAGGGGAACGAUCAGUGUCGACCAUUCUUUACCUUGUUUCUCUACAAGACCUUACUAACUGCCCAUUUAGGGUUGUUGAUGAGAUAAAUCAAGGUAUGGACCCCAUAAAUGAAAGAAAGAUGUUCCAACAAUUAGUCAGAGUUGCCAGCCAACCAAACACACCACAGUGUUUCUUGCUAACACCAAAGCUACUACCAGACCUGAUGUACAGUGAGUCAUGUAGCAUCUUAAACAUAUUCAACGGCCCUUGGAUCGAGCCAACCGCAAAAGUAUGGAGUGGCGGUGAAAGUUGGAGUUCGGCUACUGGGUUGUUUUCAGGUGCAAGUAUUUGCCAAAAUUAAUAGAUUUUGGUGAAAACCGAUAAUUCCAUACUAUUAUUAUGUUGAAAGUGGUGGCUUAUUCUGUUUUUAGUUCUUAUGGUAAUUAUUUUGUAAUGAUUAUUAAAUGUUGUAAAUUGUAUUCAACUUUAUAAAUACAAGUUUUAGCUCUAGACAUGAGCAGAUUA